AGUCGAUCGCUGUUUGUUUACUAGUUUUAAACGACGCUGCGGACACGCUCUCGUUAAGCAGCACGGUGCUUUCCAUUUAAAAACGAAAGUGUCUACUGAUUUAUCGUAAUUUUCAGAAUUAAGGUUUUUUUUGUUUGUUUAUUUGUUAGCAACGGCAGUGUUUCGUAUCCGCUGAGGAGUUCGCGAGAGAAGGUGCGCGUGCAGGCACGGUGUCGGCACGAGCUGAGGAUGACGGCACGUGAGGAAACGUGAAUAAAUCGUCGGAUUUAAAAUUAAUUCUCUUUUUGUUCAUAUUUCGAGACAGAUCGCAGAAUAACAAAUCGCGAACAUAGAUAUUGGUUCGUUGCUAGGAUACGGAGCGCUCGCGCCCCGCCGUGUCAUCCGCGUGCUGCAGAGGAAUCCUGUGUGAUUAUUAUGACUAUUAUUAUGAUUCCACCAGAAUUCGUGGUUCAGCGUAGAUAUUAGCUCACAUCAGAUUCGACUUGAUUUAGGACUGAAGAUGAGCUCUCUGGGUCGGAACGGGCUGAUCGGUCUCGGUGUCGGUGUCACGGUCAGUACCGGAUUGAUUGCGGUGCUGCUGAUUAAAGAGAUGUUGCGGAGGCGGCGCGAGCGCCCUUUAGGGGUGUCUCACAGCGGUGCGGGGUUUGCGGUGACCAGUGCGGCUGUGGACGGAAGGAUAGACCUGGGACAGGAAGGAGGAGUCCUGAGCGGGUUAACCCCAGAGCAGCACACUGAGCUGAGGAAGACUCUGGAUGAGGUGAUGAUGAGCGUGUCCACUCUGCGUGGUGAAGUAGCCGAGCUGAGGAACGGCCUGAGAGACAUCGCCAACACCAUCGUCGAGGACGUCAGGAAGGGAGUGGAGGAAGGUCAGAGGUCACGGCGGCGACGUCACUUCAUGUCGAGGGAGCGUUCGGACUCCAUGAGCUCCAGCUCCAUCUAUUUCACUGCCAGUAACGGGAUGAGCAGUCGGAGCGAGGGCGGAUACACAACAGCUUAUUCGACUGCAGAGUCUGACUACACAGACCGAGAGACUGAUCGAGACGAGGACCGGGAUGAGGAUGAUGAAGACGAGGAGGAGGAGGAGGAGGAGCGCAGCUGUGCCACAGUUCUGACGCUCCGGCCGGACGAGCCUCAGUCUGAGGAAGACAACGACGUGGACGCUGAUGAAGAGGUGGUGGUGAUGAGUCCUGAACUCGCUCUGCUGCUGUCUCAGAGUGAUCUCCUUCACGCUGGGGAUUCUGGGAAAAAAACUGACGGGUUUAUCCUGUUAAGGGAGAACAAACCUCUGUAUAGUGAUAAUAUUGAGUUUCUAUGGCGACUGGCUCGAGCCUACAGUGAUAUGUGUGAGUAUGCAGAAGAUGAGGAGGAGAGGCGGAGUUACGCAGAGCAAGGUCGUGACGAGGCAGAGUCAGCGCUACAGAGAAACGGACUGAACGCUGAUUGUCAUAAGUGGUUUGCUGUGCUGACCAGUCAGAUGUUGCAGUGUGACAGCAUGCACAGUAAACUGAAGAGCAGCCACAUACUGAAGGAACACUUGGACCAUGCUUUAGCUCUCAGAGAUGACGACCCGCUGUGUUUCUACCUGCUGGGCCGCUGGUGCUAUGAGAUAAGCAGGUUGUCAUGGUUGGAGCAGAAGGCAGCAGCUGCUGUGUAUGAAACUCCUCCAUCUUCAUCUCUACACCACGCUCUGGAGAACUUCCUCAAGGCAGAAGAGCUGAAGCCAGGAUUCUCCAGAGCAGUGAGACUCUACAUUGCCAAGUGUCACAAGGAUUUAGGAAACAAAUCAGAGGCGAGGAACUGGGCACACCUGGCACUGACCACACCCACCAACACCAACCAGGAUGCAAGGCUUUCUGCAAUAGAGGCGGAGCUACAGGCUUUGAUUGACAGUCCAGCUGUACAACUGUGAAGCUGCUCAGCACUAAACCCCGCCCCCUUCCCCAUCAGUACUCCAUAACAGAUCAUUCCGAGCUACAAAACUUACUUUACUCGAUGCUUAAACUUCUGACCAAAAUAAAAGCCCCUAGAAAGAAACAGUCCUGACAUUGCUGACCACUUGGGCAGUUUCCAAAGGAAGUGAAGGUGUGAUAACUGACAGCCACACAGAGAAGCUAAUUUAUUAAAGCUACUGUUCUGAAGGAGUGUGUUUAUUUAGCUCUAACUGAAUAACAAUUUAUUCCAAAUCUAUUUAUUUCACUCCUAACUUUAUGAACCCAUCAUACAGUCUGAAGGCAGUGUGUGUGUUUGAGAAGUGUUCUUAACGAAACAUUCCAGAUGUUUUGUGCUGAAGGAAAUAAAAUCAAACCAUUAAUAAUAAACAAACCGCUCAUUCUCUGUCGUCU